GACAAUAAUCAAGCGCAUAUUUUAUUGGAAUGAAACUUCACGAUAUCUUUCAACUAUAGCUGCAGAAAUCCUGUUUUGGCCGAUUUCUUGUCAAGUGAAGUGGCCGGUUUUCUGUGUUUCCACAGCGAGAUAGACCUCGCUUAAGCCGGCGGCUAAAUCGCAGAGGGGAGUGCCGGACUCCUGGUUGCCGAAAAGUUGUUUUUAAACUCGCAACCUUUCCAAGGGACUCCUCACUCCAGUAAAUUCGAAAAAGGAUUGAAGGCCAGAUUGCCAUAGUCUCGGGCUGCACAUGUGACAGUUGAAGUUUGAGUGACUAAAUUGUAAGCGUCGAAUACUCAAGCUAGGAAAUUCACCCCGUGCUGCCCAGGCCACAGAGCGAGCCGCCAUGAUGGGUCAUUUUAACUUUCGACUCCACGAUGUCUCCACUGCAAUGGAGAAGUUCAACCUCGUGCGGCGAUGUGUUGUGCUGUGCCUUCUCCAGCUCCCCCACUUCUCCUGCUAGAACGCAAACCAAGACUCUCUCUCAAACACAUUUCUACCAACCAGCUAUCUAGUUCUCUCACAUAUCGGUCGGUGAACUCGGUGAUUCAGGCAAAGUCCAAGUUUUACCUUUAAACCUUCUCCUCCCCACGCUGGAGCAUUUCCCCUCAUUUGGACAGCAGAUCAGGAUUCCGACGCCAACCGACUUCAAACUCUCAGCUCACCCAGAGAGGUAAAAUUGGCCAUGCCGAGAAAGUCGUGUUGAUAUUCCAAGAAAUCAAAUUCCAGUAGAGUGGUUCUUCCCAGUCCACUUUUGAGCAUGACUUGUAAGCGGCAACGGUAUCGGCCCUAGGAUUAUCAUUGCACAAAGUAUUAAAUUGUUUACGUUCCUGAAUCUCAAAUUGAUCUAAAAUUUGGUUCUUGACUGGAAGAAGUGCUGCCGCAUAAUUGCAGUCUUGCUCUGAUCCGGUUCCUCGCUGUAUCUCUCUCGAAUUAGUCCGAAAUCACCAUUUCUCAACCCCAUCUACAGAACCACUUAAAACACCAAGAAAAUUACAGCAAGGGACGAGCAGCAAGCCACGGUCACCAAAACCUGCAACCAAACAUAUAUUACAGCUCGUUUCAUAGCCUUGUCUCGCCUCAGAUGUGUUCGCACGCCCACCACCCUCACGGGUUGCACGACACCGAAAAUGCGAGGCCGUACCCAACCAAGGUUGUGGCGCCUGUUGGCAAGAAAAUCACUUCGCUGUACAAGAAACGAUUAAUGAAUUUUCUUACACCGGGCCAAUGGGAAAAAGUCAAUCUACUUUCUGCACUAGACUAUAGCAAAUACUCCGGGUCACCACACGUGAAGUUAUUCGUAUGGGACGCACCCGGCACUGCCCGUCCGUCCUUCUCGGAGGCAACAUCCGAGUCGAACACUUACCGAAGCACCCAAGUCGGCGAGAAGUUCGGCCCAUCAUGGACAACUCAUUGGUUCAAGUGCACGCUCACCAUUCCUAAAGAUCUCUGCAGUACAGACAAACAUGUCGAGCUGCACUGGGACUGCAACAAUGAAGCCACCGUCUGGACAGCCUCAGGCGAGCCACUCCAAGGGCUAACAGGACGUGGCGAACGUAUCGAAUGGAUCAUCCCUGAGUCUUUCAAAGAUGGCAAAAGCCAUGAUCUCUAUCUCGAGAUGGCAUGCAACGGCAUGUUUGGAAAUGGACCUGGUCGUCCUAUUUUCAAGAACAAUGCUGGUGGAGAUUCCAUCCAACCACCUGACAACGACAAGUAUUUCGAGCUGAACAAAGCCGAGAUCGUCGACGUCAAUUACCAAGCUAGAAUGCUGUAUAUCGACUUCACUGUGAUUCAUGAUGCGGCCACUGAGCUGCCAGAGGAUACUUGGGAGCAGCAUGAGGCGCUCAAUGUUGCGAGCAGGAUUAUUGACACAUUCAGGGAGGGAGAUGAUGCGUCUAUCAGUGCAUGUCGGAAGAUUGCGAAGGAGUAUUUGGGUGAGGAUAUCGAUUCUGCCAAAGUUUAUGACACUGCGUUAGAUAGGCGGCCGACUGUCUAUGCGAUCGGUCAUUGCCAUAUCGAUACGUGCUGGCUGUGGCCUUGGAAUGAAACGAAACGGAAGGUAGUGAGAUCGUGGUCAAAUCAGUGUGAUUUAAUGGAUCGGUAUCCGGAGUUGAACUUCGCUUGUUCGCAAGCUCAGCAGUUCAAAUGGCUCAAAGAGAUUUAUCCGUACGGCUGGGAACGCGUCAAGGCCAAAGUUGCCUCUGGACAAUUCCACCCCAUCGGUGGCUCCUGGGUCGAACAUGACACGAAUCUUCCCUGUGGCGAGUCGCUAAUUCGUCAAUUCCUCUACGGUCAGCGCUUCUUCGAAGCCGAAUUCGGUGCUCGGUCUACGACUUCGUGGUUACCAGACACAUUUGGCUUUUCGUGCCAGAUUCCACAGAUUUGUAGAUUGGCAGGUAUGACAAGGUUUUUGACGCAAAAGCCGUGCUUCAACAGUGUUAAUGACUUUCCACAUACCACGUUCAAUUGGGUCGCACUCGAUGGAAGUCAGGUCAUCUGCCACAUGCCUCCUGCCAGGACAUAUUGUGCCGAGGGAAACUAUGAGAAUAUCACAAAGAGUAUCUCCAACCACAGAUCACUCGACCAAGACAACGCUGCUCUUCUUGCAUUCGGUAAAGGCGACGGUGGAGGCGGCCCAACCUGGCAACACCUGGAACGCCUUCGACGUCUCCGCGGCAUGGCUGACACAACAGGUACCAUCCCACGUGUACACUCCGGCUCAACAGUCGACCAAUUCUUCGACAAGCUAGAAGCAAAGUCAUCUAGCUUAGUAACCUGGUACGGUGAGUUAUACUUUGAGCUUCAUCGCGGGGUAUACACCACACAAGCCCGUACCAAAUCGCACAAUCGCAAGUCUGAGAUCUUGUUGCAUGAUCUGGAAUUAUUGGCAACUAUUGCUUCGAUUCAAGAUAAAGGAUAUGAGUAUCCGAAGAAGGAGUUUGAUGAGAUGUGGCAGGGGGUCAUGCUUUGCCAGUUUCAUGACUGUCUACCGGGCACGGCGAUAGAGAUGUGUUAUGAGGAUUCGGAGACGGUCUACGCCAAUGUCUAUAAGACCGGUCAAGUUCUCCUCCAGCAGAUCUUUGUCAGCCUUGGCAUUGAACAGCUCGACGCAGCAAAGACCCUGGACCUCAAAACAGCCACAGCGCUAAACACUCUCCCAUGGCCACGUAGAGAGCUAAUCGAUAUUUCAGAGACUCAAGCCGUUGUUGCUUCAGGCUCAGGACAUACUCUCACCGUCGAGUCAUUUGACUCCACAGCAGACAAGGUCAAAGCCGUCACCGUCUCGGAAACCUCUCCAGGAACCUUCCAACUCCAAAACGCCCAUCUCACGGCAACCAUAACCAAUGGCAUCAUAACCUCUCUCGUUGACCGCCGCUCGAAUCGCCAAACUCUCUCCGGCCCCGCCAAUCAAUUCGCUAUCUUCGAUGACAAGCCCGUUUACUGGCAAGCUUGGGACGUAGAAGUCUACCAUCUCGAAACUAGACAAGAACUCCCCAGCUCGAACACCAAGAUCCACGAGAAUAAAGGAUAUCGUGCGAGCGUGGUAACAGAAACGCGGAUCAGCGAGAAGAGUUCAGUGAGGACGGUGAUCUCACUUAGUGCCGUGCUUGACGAUUCCGAACCGUCGAUGGUGGAGUGCACCGCUGAUGUGGAGUGGUAUGAGACAAUGAAGUUUUUAAAGGUGGAGUUUCCGGUGAAUGUUAGCAACAUGGAGGCGUCGUAUGAGACGCAGUAUGGGAUUAUUAAGAGGCCAACUCACUACAACACUUCCUGGGAUAUGGCUAAGUUCGAAGUCUGCUGUCAUAAAUUCGCUGAUCUCUCGGAAUACGGAUACGGUGUUUCCAUCCUCAACGAUAGCAAAUACGGCUUCGCAACCGUCGGCAAUGUAAUGCGUCUUUCGCUUCUCCGCUCUCCGAAAGCACCAGAUGGAAACGCGGACAUGGGACAUCACAAGAUCAAGUGGGCGAUCUUGCCGCACAAGGGUGCGCUAGGGAAGGAGACAGUGAGAGCGGCAUUUAAUUUCAACAAUCCGAUGAAACUCGUUGCAGGCAAAGGAGAGGUUCUGGAGAACUUCCCGAUCAGAUUGACGGGAGAUGAGAAUCUCGUGCUCGAUUGGGUGAAGAGGGGUGAGGAUGAUGAGGAUGUGUCGACGGACUCUUUGCCGACUAAGAAGGAGAAGAGUGUCAUUGUUAGGAUUUAUGAUGCGCUUGGUGGGAUGGGGAGAGGUGCCGUGGAGUGUGCGUGGGAUGUUGAGAGAGUGACUAAGACGAAUAUUUUGGAAGAUGACUUGGAGAAGAUUGACGUGCAGAAGGGAGAAGGGAGAGCGAAGUUUGAGGUGCAGUUGGGAUCGUUUGAGGUUGCUUCUUACAAGAUCGUUUUGAGGGAUUGAGGUGUGAGUUUCUGAGUGAGGAUUGAAGUUAUUGGUUACUUUCGCGUCGGCAGGAAUUGUUCUCAUAUUUAUUCUUGGGCUUAGACAGAGCGGACAAUGGGAUUUCCUACGUAUAAAAGUGACAUAGAUGGUAGAAGGUUUGACCUUAGAUAGACAUGGAUUCAAAUGAGAGUGCAACUUGUGUGAAACUGAACACUGCAGUCAGGAUUUUGCCAGGACUCCGUGAUGAUUUCCAUGAGCCUUUUGG